GGGAAGAUGGGAAAACCAACACUGUAAUUCUCUAAACAAAACAGUGUGUCAGUCUAUACUAUGGGGAUCGGAAACAUCCUUGUUUUCGCUCAAGUUGUAUUUUUCUUUUGUGUCUUCUUCUUGUCAUUUUUUUUCUACAUUCCUAUGAGUGUCAAUGUAGGAGACUUCAAAGGGAACUGCCUUCUGAAUGCUGACGGAAAGUGGGAGCGCAAUCAAAGUGCUGGGGAUCAGACAGCUCAGUUACAAAUUGUGCAAUGGGGAUCGCAGGGCUCAUGUAAUUUUGCUGUGUUUAUCGGGGUGAUCGAGAUGAUAUUGGGCGCUAUCUAUGUCGUCUGGGAGUCAAUGCAUCUGUGUAAAGGAACUGACAGUUUGUGGCUGGAGGCGUUUAUCACCUGUAUGGUUUGUUGUGUUGUCAUGGUGAUGGUAUUUGCCGCAGCAUUGACCAUCAGCUCAGGAUUUCAAGUAUGGUGUGCUUUACUGUUAAAGCCAGGAUCAGAAAUUCACAGCUGUGAGCAAGGACAAUACAUUCCCUUUGCCUCAGAGCUGGGCUUGAACACAAGUCGUUACUUUACUGACCUUCAAAUAGCGCAGUUUGGUGCUUGGAGCUCCUGGUUUUGCUGGGUCGCCUUGAGUAUGUUGGCCAUCGUCAAGAUUUACCGCUACUCCAAACAAGAAGCCUUCUUGACAAGUAUGAACCAAGAGAGAGAACGUCUAUUACAGCGCCUGGGACCUCCAUCUGAGGAAAAUAUCUGAAUGUCUUUGACCUUGUCUGCCUGGCUCGUGUAAAAUGCUGUAUUUUACCUGGUGUAAAGGGGAGAGUCAGUUCAACAGUGUGUUAGAAUGACAGUUAGCUGGCUUAUUUAGUCUAGACUGAAAUGUAAUUUGCUUUGUAUUAAGAUAAAACUGUUAUUAACAUUUAAGGCCGACUUUUAAUACAUUUUGAACUACUGACCCUAGCUCAUGUUGACAAAACCAAAUGACAAGCUAUUCUUGAAGUAUAUAAAGAUGUUUUUUUUCUCUAUCUGUUCUCAACAAUAAAUUAAUUGAUAUAUAAUUGAUAAGCCAUUUCACAGUCAGUCAGUCAGUCAUGAUGAAUUGGAUGACAAGACUAAGGUGCCACCAUCAUGUAAUUGUAAACAUGUAGGUCUCAGUAUUCACAGAACUAUUUUUUGAUGAGUGUACAGUGAUGCCUUUGUGGAACUUGUUUUCUGUAAGUCAUACGUAUAUGAUUGUGGUUUAUGUAUCGAUCAGAGACCUUUUGUUGACAAUUAUCCUCGUUAGAAGACUGAUGAUCUGACAUUAACAUGACUAGAAUAUGCCAUUAUGGGUUAUAUAGGGUACGCUCCCUCCGCUGAACUUUUGUUUGAUAUGUGUUUUUGAUACCUUUGUGAUUACAUCUUAAUUAUUCAUAUAGUGAAACUUGAGCUCAGUCAAAGUGCUUACCACUGGUAACAUGGACAUAAUCAAAUCACAUCUAUAAUUUAAUGUUUGUUGGCUGAUUUUUUAAAACUUAUUACGAUUACCAGCACUGAGAAACAUGGUUUUACACUACAGGGUACAUAUUUAGACAUUGCAUAUCUUAAACACUAGUGCCUAUUUUCAUCUCUUUUGGACUGUUUUUUAUUUUGUUACACAAUGUGUAGAUAAAAAUAAACUAUCCCAUUUACAGAUACAAGUUAGAAGGAAAAACAAGGUAUAUUUUAAAUACAUAUAUGUGAUAAGACAAGAGGUUUGAGCAUGCUCAACUAAAGCUAUUGGGCAUGAAAAAGCUAAAGUAUCUAUUAAGACAACAAAGCCUAUAUUUUUGCUGUUUAUUUUGAUGUGAUAAUCUUACCUCAGAAAUGACACUGAUAAAUGCUCAGAAUGUUUACCGUGAUCAUCAACAGACUUACCAAGAAAAUACAAAACCGUAAUACGAUGCCAUAGCCACAUGGUUUAUCUCAUCAAUGAGAAGGUCUGCCAGCCCAUCUAAUGUUCUCUUGACUUAUCAAACACCAGUUUUAGCUCUCAGGUGAUAAACUGUGUAGUCUUUGCUGUGAAUAUAACAUUCAUACCUCACAUAUCAUACAUUUGUACACAUUUUGGCAUACAUUUUAAAGCAGUGUGAGAUCAUGGUCUACAAAGACUGCAUCCUUACAACAACUUCUCAAAACACAUCAUUAUGAAACAUCAACUAAAUGUUCCAAGCCUGAAAUGUAGGCACGACACAACUAUUUAAUCAUAUUGUUAUGAAAGGAUAAGAUUGUUUUUAAAAAGUAACACAAAUUCCAUGGGAUGUAAGUAUUUUUGCCCAGAAAGUUGAUUUUGUUGUCAGAAAGUACCUUUUAUGACCAGAAAUGGAAAACCAGACUUGGAGCAAACAGAAAACAAUAAAAAAAUUAAAGGACCCAGACUGAAAGAGACUUCUUGAUUUCAGAUAAAUUGUUGUCGUCUGUUUCAUUUAUGUAACAAAAGGAGAGAUUACACUUUUGAUAAAUUUAAACAGUUAUUGUCAUUGUAUGUAAAUUGUGGAUAUAUACAGCUAUGCAACUGGGAAAAUUCAGAAUCAAAUAUGUGCUAUAGUUUUUUUAUUUUGUUGUUGUUGGCAUACCAGCAAUGUUGGUAGCUGUAGGGCAUACAAGGCAAUGUUGUUUCAGAUCUUAGACAUUUAUGGUUUAUAUAUAAAAUUUUACCUAUGUUCUGUUGCUUAUAACUGUAUUUUGUUUUGGAUCUGUCCUAAAUACGGUAUGGUUAAUGGGAAAGAAUCUUUUAGCUGACUUUGUAGGCUCUACAGUCUAUGGUGAUCAAGCUAUAGGUUUUUUUUUAUGCCAUCUCAUUCAGUUUCCUAGUUUGCUCUGGACUAUAAUCUACUGAAAGCAACUUUGCUGUCCUCAGAAUAGAAGAAGAAAAACGUCACCAUGCAGGCAUGUAUACAUC